AUGUCGUCACCAUUAAUUCUCCUACCGGGAGACCAUGUACCCUCCGAAUACUUGCCAUCCUCCAAUUCCUCAGCACCACUGCGACUAGGCCCCGGCCUUCGCCUCCUCUCCCAACCUCCAUCUUCGACGUCUAAAUCGUCCGAUCAUGUUCUCGCAGCGACGCAACCCGGUAUCCUCACCACAGAUCCCAAGAGAAACGCUGUGUCUCUUCUGCCCACUCCGAACCGCCGCUAUGUACCCAUUGCGAACGACUUGGUGAUUGCGCAAAUUCACCACUCGAGCCCGGAUUAUUUCCAUUGCAUGAUCACGCCACAGGCUCCUCAAGUAUUGCUUGGACAGCUUGCUUUUGAGGGUGCGACAAAAAAGACGAGGCCAAUGCUGAGACAGGGAGACUUGGUGUAUGCCCGAGUAUUGUCCACAGGCCUUGGGGCCGGCGCUGAAGUCGAGCUGACCUGUGUCAACCCUGCCACGGGGAGAGCUGAACCCGGUGGAUUGGGACCUUUGACCGGCGGGAUGGUCUUUGAUAUCUCAACGGGCAUGGCAGCCAGGCUAAUGAGAGCGAGCUCGUCCUCUGCAGAGAACCAAGAAGGUGUGGAUGGCCUGGUGGUAUUGGAUGAGCUGGGCAAAAAGCUGGAGAAAGUUGGUGGAUUUGAAAUCGCAGUCGGCCGCAAUGGCAAAGUUUGGGUGGAUUGCGCCAAUGGAGGUGACUCUGCGAUAAAAGCGACAGUCGCCAUUGGCAGAUGUUUAAGCACAAUUGACGAGCACAAUCUGAAUCCAGCAGACCAGAAAAAGCUUGUCACCAGAAUUCUACGGGAAAUGAAAGUGGAUGGUUGA